UACUUUUUGAAAUUAUUUGGUGAUAAUUAAAAAUUAAAAUCAUUCAAUGAUGUUUAAAAUAAUUAUAUAAAACGACUUGCGAGUGCUGUUAAAAUGAGUAUCGAUUGUGAUAAAAAUGUUGCAGUGUAAAAGCAAUAAAGCUGAUUGAAGGCAAUAAAGGGGAGUGGUUCCAGGAGUAAAUGAGCUACAUAUAAAGGAAAUAACAGAUAUCAUAUUUUUAUGACUACUUAAUUUUGCUGAUGGAUUUUCAAUGAGGCGUCUGAGUCUGACUGAAAAGAAUAGAUGAAAAUAAUUAAGAAAAGCCGAUGAAAGUUCAAAGAACUCAUCAAACACCAAAUUACAAACUUAUAAAAAGUGACAAGAAUAUUGUCUAGAAUGGGUCGCUGGCGACUGCCAACGGGCACCCCAACACCCAUGACGUACAACAAAUGGCUGCUGCGGUUAACAGCGGCAUUUGGAGUUCUCAUUUUCAUUUGGAUUCCGCAAGUGUCAGCUGAAUGUCAAACACGUUCCAUCUACUGCUAUGAAUGCGAUUCCUGGACGGAUGCACGUUGCAAGGAUCCCUUCAACUAUACGGCACUGCCGCGCGAUCAACCACCGCUGAUGACCUGCAAUGGCUGUUGUGUGAAAAUGGUGCGGCAUUCUAAAUCACCCUACGAAGUUGUACGACGUAUGUGUACGUCACAAUUGCAAAUAAAUUUAUUUAUGGUCGAUCAUGUGUGCAUGAUGGAAAGUUCAGGCAAUGGACAUAUGUGCUUUUGUGAGGAAGAUAUGUGCAAUUCUAGUAAAAAUUUAUUGCAAAAUGGUUCACCAUACCAUUACAUCAUGAUCUCUGCGCUCUCAUUCAUACUCUAUUUACUCAAUCGUUUCCAAAUGCGUACGCAAUUGCAGUCAAUCGUUCAACAACAAUUGCAAAUACAUAAACGAAAACAAAAACAACAAUCACCAAAACGAAAACAAACGCAAAUAGAAAAACAUGAACCGAAUGUAGAAGAAGAAAUAGAAAGCAAACAAAAACAAUUAUUAAAUCAAUCACAAAACACCUUCAAUCCAAUGCAACUUCAACUUCUAAACCAACACCAACACCAACACCAACAUAAACCAAAUAAGUUAAAUGCAAAAAAUGAAAAUCAACAACAAAAACAAACAUUUGAUGAAAAAGGAAAAUUCGCAGUUAUCAUUUAUCAAGCGCAACCGAACAUUGCAUGUCCAAUAAAAACAAAUACAAUAAACGAUCGAUAUUCACAUCCCGUACACAGAUAGAGUGAAGGUACUCCAAAAACCCUACUACAACACAAACAAUUGGCGAAAUGGGGGAAAAUAGUAGUACACCACAGACAUAGAAUCAUAUUUACAUAUGUAUGUAUGUACAUAAAUGCCCCAAGUGUACAAUGAAGACAUACAUACAUACAUACCUAUAAACA